UGAUAUUACUGAUUUUGCGCGAGCGCAAAUUUAAAUUGUUAUUAGGAACUGUACUGCAUUACAGUGCUACAUCAGUAGCAUAUACAUAAUUUAAUAACCGUCUUUAUCGUCUCUUAAAAUAAUUAUUUCUUAUAAAUUAUGCAUUAGUUGAUGUUCAUAUUAUUAGUUUUAUGUGCAUAUAACACAUUUAAAAUGAACAACAUACGCUUGACCAAUAUUUUGAACAAUGAAGUAUUCUCUUAUUCGACUAUUUUAAUUAAAGGAUUUGUUAAUGUUAAUGUUAAUGAAGUUGAGUCAAAUUUGAUACUUAAACAUUACUCUAAUCAUGGUAAACAAUUGGCUGAAUCUCGUUGGAGAGUAUACAAAAACAGAUUUAAAGUAAUUAUAGAAUUAAAGAUUGGAGAGAAUACAUUGGUUUUUAAAUUUGCUGAUGAAGUCUUGCAUACAAAAUUGGUGUAUAAACAAAGAGUGACAAAUUAUACAGUAUGUCCAGUUUAUGUAAUAUGUGCUGAUCAUGAUGGAAGAUAUCAGGCACCUAAAGAUCAUGAUAAUUCUGUUCAAAAUGCUUGUAAUAAAAUUACACUAUGCUCCAGAUUAAUUCAAAUGUUGACAGCUGAGAAAAUGUAUGAAAAAGGGUUUGGGAAAAAAACUUUUCAAGUUGAAAAAGAAUGUCGUAUUAUUAAAAGUUCAUUAACCAGACGCACAGUGUUCAAAAUGCAUCCGGAGAAAUUAUGGGAGUAUAUAGCCAGAGAGUUGACAGCUGGUAAAAAUUCUAAGCAUCAAAAGUACUUAGCAUUCCUAUCAUGUACCUAUUGGGAUGGACAGAAUUUACAUGGCCAUGUUGCAUUGGGUGGUGGUGGAUUGGCAUUACUUGGAACAGGUUGUCUCUACACUUGGCCCACUAAAUUAGAGGAAGUCGUACCAUGUUUUACAAACAUGACAAAAGUUGAUACUGGUACAUUAUUUGACGAUAGUUGUUUCAGAGGAAAUUUUGGUGGAUGCUUUAGCACAACCUUAGGUUCGGUUUGGCAUGAAUUGGGACAUACUUUUGAUUUGGGUCAUUCCAAAUAUGGCAUAAUGGGACGAGGAUUUGAUAAUGUUCAUUUAAUUUUCACAUUAGACAACAAAAAUAUUGCUCAAGAAAUUAAGUCAGCCAGCAAAGGAUAUGUUAUAUGUGUUGAAAAUUAUUCAAAUACUUUUAAUAUGAAAGAUGAUGUGUCAAAUAAUAAUAGUACUAAUGCAAAUGAAACAACAGACGAGUAUGACUCAAAACAUAUAUGUUGGUCUAUGGGAUGUGCGUCAAUUCUUUCGUUUCACAAAUGGUUUAAUGACUGCAAAGAAGAACAUAACAAUGAAAAUACUAUUGAAUAUGUAGCAAAGAGGAAUUUAUUAACAUCAACUAAUGGCUUAAGAGUAGUUCAAUUAAGGAGAGAAGAUGGUUUGGUUAUGCAUUCAUGGGAGUUUGUAAAAAAUAAUAACAAACGGACAUUCAUUCUUCCGGUACAGCUAGCAAAUAAUGGUACAACUAUUAUUGCUGAAGAUUCCAAUGGUAAUAUCCUAAAACAUUUUCUGUGAUUAUUUUGAUUCUGUUUUUAUUUUUAAAAUAAAUAUUUUCUG